GUAGUAUAGUGGACCAAUAGAGCACUUCUGAUGCAAAAGCGUAUCUAGGAGACACUCAUCGAAGCAUUCCAGAAAGAGACCCCUUGUGUGGGAUUAAUUUGUAGUUUAGUUGUAGUACUAUCAACGUAGAAUAAACACUAAAUAGAGAUAUGGGUAAACAAAACAGUAAACUGAAACCAGAAGUGUUGGAUGAUUUGCGCAGUAAUACUGAAUUCACGGAUCAGGAAAUACAUGAAUGGUACAAGGGUUUCCUAAAGGAUUGCCCCAGUGGACAUUUAUCCGUGGAGGAAUUCAAGAAAAUCUAUGGAAAUUUUUUCCCGUAUGGUGAUGCAAGUAAAUUUGCUGAACAUGUAUUCCGUACUUUUGAUACGAAUCAUGAUGGAACCAUAGAUUUUAGGGAGUUUAUUUGUGCAUUGAGUGUUACGUCACGUGGCAAACUGGAACAAAAACUCAAGUGGGCAUUUAGCAUGUACGAUCUUGAUGGGAACGGCUACAUAUCAAGGCAGGAGAUGCUAGAAAUAGUUCAGGCCAUAUACAAGAUGGUAGGCACUGUCAUGAAAAUGCCAGAAGAUGAAUCAACACCAGAAAAACGCACCGAUAAAAUAUUCCGACAGAUGGAUAAAAAUCUAGAUGGUAAAUUAUCACUGGGCGAGUUUAUAGAGGGUGCCAAGAGUGACCCAUCAAUCGUCAGGCUUCUACAAUGCGACCCAAAUUCUGCAAGCUGAGAUCUCAGCUACUAGGAACUUUAUACAUAGCCCAACAUUUAUCUGACUUUCUAUUGAGGACCAUAUGGUUCAUCUUUUGUGUACAUUUUCUUGGCUGGUCACAAGUAUUGUGCAUAUAUAAUAUACGUAUGUAUGCUGGCAGACUGUAACACAGAACAACGUACAUUGUGUAUUGUGCAUAUCAGAACACAGCAUACAUUAUGUAUUGUGUAUAUCAAAACACAGCGUACAUUGUGCAUUGUGAAUAUCAUAACACAGCAUACAUUAUAUGAGCCUGGCCAUAGGAAAACCGGUCUUAUCACAAAAAUUAGAAUUGUUCUACAAAGCCAAAAUUGUGCCCAAGAUUAAGAGGGAAAUGUGCUAAAUCCAAAUCCAACAUUUUGGUCUAUAUAUGCAAGGAAAAAUUGUUAAAACAUAAGUCAUUGCUCAUUUGAAAGGUCUCUUUGUGCUUCUUCAGAUAAAAAAAAAUAAGAAUUUUGAAAAAAUCUGUGAUAAGACCCCUUUUCCUGUGACCUGGCUCAUAUAUUGUGUAUAUCAUAACACAGCAUACAUUAUGUAUAUCAG